UCAAAGCGUCCACACGUAUUUUCAUUGUGUAGUGUUACAAACCAAAAGGUGAAAAAUGUCUGACACAACGUCCAACUCAUCGUUCAGCAAUAAUCGUCGAUCACAAGCGUACGCUAAAACUGGAAUUUCAAAAUGUAAUGUUUGCAAAUCUUGGGUUCCAUAUACGUCAUUUUCUGAGCACAUGGCCCUCAAACAUCAUGUCAAGGCGGUGAAUGAUUCCGAUCAAAAUGAAGAAAAUGCGUUUGUGAAGCCAAAAAGUCGCCGUAAUACCGCUGAUACACGUAAGGCGUUUAGCGAGAUUCGAUUAAAUAAAAUCGUGGACAACACCGGCGAUCCGGUUUCAAAGUCUGUCUCAUCGAAAAUUGAUCGCAAUGAUGUAUUUCCAUCGAAAAGUCAUGUAAAAAAUCACUUCGUGGAUAACAACAACGACGGAUCAUUCACAGAAGACGGUGAAAAAAUCCAAACCAACAUAUUGACUGGGGUAAAUGACAUUUAUCGGUCGGAAUUCCGUGAACCGAAAUUGAACAAAAACAAACGCAAUGCUCGAAAAUUGAAGGAUACAAAGAAAUCGGUCGCUGCGGAAAUGGCCGAUGAACCGAUGGUGAUGCCCGUUAUAAAGCCAGAACGUGAAGGAAGAACAAUGCGACGCACGGCCGAUAUGUAUGCCAAUAAAAAGCCCAGUCGUUCGGCAUCGUACAUGCGUCCAACUGAAGUUCAACAUCAUGUUCAACAUGGAAUGAACAAACCGCCACGUCGUGACAUCAGCUGGAAUCAACAGUCCAAACGCCAAAUUCCAACGGUUUUUGAUAUGUUCAACAUGGGCCGUUCGAAUGCGGUCAAUUGUGGUCCAUAUCCGGAAAUGCGAAAGGUCGAUGAUGAAUUACCUGGAUAUGAGAGCGCAACACAACAGCGUUCGCCACGAAAACCAAUCAUUCCUGAACAUUGUGUCAAGUGCCCGGUUUGCGAACAUAUUAUGCACAAGGACCAUCUCAAGGGACACCUUCAACGCAAACAUUAUGCUGAAAAUAAUGGUGUUCCCAUCAUCUAUGAAGGGUAUCAUAAGUGCGAAAUUUGCCAAAAUUUAAUGCCAAAGGAGCACAUUCAAACGCACAUCGAACGGGCACAUGGCAACGAAAUGCAAAACAAGGACACUUUCAUUAACUGCAAUUUGUGCGAAGCAUACAUGCACAUUGACUAUAUGCCAGGGCAUUUGGUGCGCAAACACGCGAGACAUGAGGGUUCGGUUGGUAUCAUUUGGCCGCAAUACUCCGACGAUCAAAUCUACGACUGGCUCAGGACCGGAGCCAUUUACAUUCGCGACGGUACUAUCUUUGUCGACCAUACCAUGUGGCGCUAAUCAAACAUUGCAUUUUCAUGCAAAGUGUAAACAACAUUCAAUUUUUACUAUUUUUUAUUCCAUUUUCAAUACUCAAUUUUAUUAAAAGUAAGCGAUCAA